GUUCCAGCUAUGGUUUAACGUGUGUUUAUGUAGGUAUGUGUGCGAUGUAACCAUACACCAGGUGUAUAGAAACUGUUCUAAAGAUAAAUCCGGUGCAGAUUACCAGUUGAAUUAGCAAAUAUAGAUAAAGGAAUUUGUAUUGAAACCAAAAUGGAUGUUGUGCAAAACAGACCUGUGGUUCAACCACGCAAGGGUUGCAACCCAGUAAUGGCGACUCAGCGAAGUAAAAUGCAAAGUCAGCGAACUGGCAUCAACCAACGACUUAACAAACAGAUGCGGCUUCGAGCUGGGGCCGAAAAUUUAUUUAACGCAACAAACAAUCCGAAAGUGAAAGAAACUGUUGCCCUCGAACUUAGCUUUGUAAACUCCAACCUUCAGCUUAUUAAAGAAGAGUUGAGUGAAUUGAAUUCAACUGUGGAUCCUUACCAAAGCACAAGUGGGAAGACUGUCAGCAUUCCUUUGAUUCCACUUGGUUUAAAAGACACCAAAGAACUUGUGUUUGCUCAAACCUUUGAGGAUUACAUAUCGGAACAUUACAGCGAAGACCCGUCGUCUUUCGCUGAAGAAAUCGCGGACUUUACAGAUCUGAGAAAUUCCGUUCGCACGCCUUCCCGUAACCAGGACGGCGCAGUUCUACUGUUGGAGUAUUACAACCAACUUUAUUUUAUCGAGAAUCGAUUUUUUCCGCCAUACAAACCACAGGGCGUGUUCUUUCAUUGGUACGACUCCAUCACUGGCUUACCGUCUGUACAGAGAUCCGUAUCACUGGAGAAAGCAAGCGUCUUGUUUAACCUGGGUGCUUUGUAUUCCCAAAUCGGUACAAGAGCUGACCGUACCAGACGAAGGGGCAUUGAAGUUGCCGUCUCCGCUUUCCAGCAAGCAGCAGGUUCUUUCAACUACCUCCGGUUAAACUUCAGCAACGCGCCGACCCCUGACCUCAGUCACUCAACACUUAGCGCCCUCACCUGGCUAAUGUUGGCACAGGGGCAAGAGUGCGUUUUGGAAAUGAAAGUUUUCGGGGGAUUCGAGAUACAACUGGGGAAGUGCGCUUCUAUUGCACAAGAAGCUAUCAAGGUAUCUGACAAAUACAGCCUUGCAUUCAAAUCGAUGAACAGUGACGUCACGAAGGAGGUUAUUCCAUAUUCGUGGAUAAAUAUGACUGAAGUGAAGUCUCAUCAUUACAGAGCCUUGGCGCAUUAUUAUGCAGCCCUUGGCUUGCUGGAUCAACACAUGGCCGCGGAACAGCUUGAAAUAACGAAUCUGUUGUCAAGUUUAUACAUGAACUGCGACGAUGAUGACGUACCUAAACCUGAUGACGUAGCCAGGAGGAAAGAGGACCGCCGAAGAUUAGGCAAAUCUCAUUUAAAGCAAUCCGUGUUCUACCAUGAGCGAGCCCUACAGACGCACAGUUUAUGCAAAAUACCCCGGGCUGUUGAUAUUCUAAAGGAGUACCUGCAACACGCGCACACAAGGUCCGUGAAUAAACUUGAAGAAGUUGAUUCGGAUGAAGAUUUCUUUGACAUUGUGGAAGCUCCUGAUAUACAAGGUCACAGCCAUGAAGACACUACCUGUAUUCCUCCCGCUUUUGGGGAAGUCCCUUCCGUUGAUAUAUUUAGAAGAUUAGGUCCUCUUUCCAUAUUUUCGGUCCAUCACCGCUUGGGGGCGCACCGAACAAUCGUGCUUAAAAACGAUGAACACGUUUGUUCGUUUACUUUGCAAGGAGACGCUCCUGUUUCGCUAACUAGCCUGGAUCAGAAGGCAAAACAACUUGGUCUCCGAAAUGAAGAUAUUCUUAUUUCAAUAAACUGGCAAGAUGUUCGAUGGUGUGGUCAUAAUGAGGUUGCUGAUGUCAUAGAGAAAGCUAAGGGGAAACCUCUUACAUUGAAAUUAGUUUCAGACCUUGGAUUAAUAGGUCCUUCAUCACCAACUGCAGGUAUUGGGCAAAGCAAUGGGAUCUACCAGAGUAUUCCUGAAGGAGAAGUUGUUCAUAGAAACAAUAAUAAUAACAACAACAAUAACCACACUGGACGUAAGAAAUCAAUCCAGAAGCGACAUUCAUUUGGAUUUUUCCAUGGUUUACGAAUUCGCCCAAAAACCCUAAGUCAGCUUAACGAUGACGCGGUAAGUUCUGCGUCCGACAAAGAAAUUCCAAAACAUAGAUCGGUUUCGCUACAGCGAAGUUCCACAACGACUAAAUCUUUCCUGCGGGCCGGGGGGACAAUUUUUCGUCAGAAGAAAAAUUUGUCUUCAGAAUAUAGGUCUCAGUGUUAAAAUUUUCUGCGGGAAUUUAAUGUACUACCAUAUUUUUUGCCUUUGUUAAUACUUAUAUUUUACCUGGUUAGAGGGUUAGUGGUAUACAAGACACCCUAUCGCG